GGAACUGGAGGUGUCGUCGAGGUGACCGUCAGCAACAGCAUACACAUUCAGCAACUACCAUUCUCCUUGCAAUCAACGCUCGUCACAAAUCCCACAACAGUAGCUGGAGCCACAAUGACCGUGGCAACAGUCACUACUAGCGCUGCUGGCUCGCUCGCCCUCCUCAAGGACGAGGACCGCGACGUUCGCAUCUACGCCCUCGAGCACCUCCUCACGAUCGUGCCUCAAUUUUGGGCCGAGAUCAGUGAAGAGCUCCCCUACAUUGAAUCACUCGCGGACCCCCAGUUCUCAGAGUUGGCGCCCGAGAGCAGGCCACUCGCUGCCCUCCUUUGCUCCAAGGUCUACUUCUUCCUCGGCGAGCGCGACGAGGCUGUCGAGUUUGCCCUUCGCGCUGCCGCAGCAUUCGAGAAGGAGCCAUAUGGCGAGUUCAAGGAGACUAUCAUCUCUGGAUGUAUCGACCGCGCCAUCUCCGAAACUCACUCUGGCAAGCGGAUCGACCCGCGCUUGAACGAGAUCGUCAACGGCGUUAUAUGCCUGGGGUCGGGCGACGGAGCCAAGCUGGCCAUUGGACUCGCACUUUCGCUCCGGCGCCUCGACCUUAUCGAGGCUAUUUACCAGACCUCGCAGUCCCCUUCCGGAUCUACUGCACUCGACGAGACUCUUCUCCGCUAUAUCCUCGCCGAGACAGUCGGUGGGGCAGGUGGCAGCGACGCGUGGCCCGAUGCGUUCCGCCGCGACCUGCUCGUUCUCUUGCUCAAGCUGUUCAAGCUCUCGCAACCAACCGAUUACUUUGCAAUUACGCAGAUUUGGGUGCUGUUGGACGAUGCUGUCGCAUGCGGUGACGAAAUCGUGUCGCUGCUCGAGAAGCAUGGGCGGAAGGGACGGCUGGAGGCGUACCAGAUCGCGUUCGACGUGUCCGAGAUGGCACCGCAGAACUUCCUCGAGCACCUCCGUGCUCAUCUCGUCGACCGUUACUGGGGGCCAGACGGGCACUCGGGGACAGAGGAGGAGCGCAACGCGCUCGACGCAAUCCUUAAUGGGUCCCAGGUCGCCCAACUCUACCUCAACUUCCUCAAAAACAAUAAUCAGACCGACAUGCGCAUUCUGAGCCUCACCAAGGUGUCUCUCGAUGAUCGUUACUCGAUCUACCACUCCGCCCUUACCUUCACCAACGGCUUUGCCAACUGCGGCACCACGUCGGACCGCUUCCUGCGUGAGAAUCUCGACUGGCUUGGCCGCGCGUCAAACUGGGCUAAGUUCUCGACCACCGCGGCCCUGGGUCUCAUCCAUCGCGGCUCGUAUAUCCACGGUCGGCGUGUCGUCAAGCCAUACCUUCCCGGAGGAGAAGCGCCGUCGAAGUUCUCCGAGGGCGGUGCGCUCUUCGCUCUCGGCCUCAUCUACACUGGGAGGAAGGAGGGCGCGGAGGAGGAGCUUCGUAAAGGUCUCUCCGAGGUCAACGACCCUAUAGUCCAGCAUGGCGCUGCCUUGGGUCUUGGUGUGGCCGCUCUCGCCACUGGUGAUGAGAACAUCUACGAUGAGCUCAAGAACAUGCUCUAUCAGGACAACGCGACAUCGUCGGAGGCCGCGGGAUACGCGAUGGGUCUUGUCAUGCUUGGUCAGCCCAAUGAACGAGUGUUGGACGAGAUGAUCUCGUACGCCAGCGAGACACGGCACGAGAAGAUUGUACGCGGUAUUGCCAUCGGCACAGCUCUCAUCAUGUACGGCAAGCGCGACGCCUCCUCGGACGUGAUCCAGCAAUUCACAACCAGCAACGAUGCCAUCCUUCGUUACGGUGGCAUGUUCGUCUACGCGCUUGCUUAUGUCGGUACAGGCGACAACAAGGUCAUCAAACAGCUGCUGCACUUUGCUGUCUCCGACGUCAACGAUGAUGUUCGCCGCGCCGCUGUCAUUGCCAUUGGCUUUGUCCUUUUCCGGAACUACGCGCAGGUCCCUCGUGUUGUCCAGCUCCUCUCGGAGAGCUACAACCCACACGUGCGCCACGGCGCUACCCUCGCCCUUGGUAUCUCUUGUGCCGGAACUGGUCUCAACUCUGCGAUCGAGCUUCUCGAGCCCAUGACCAAGGACCCUGUCGACUUUGUGCGCCAAGGAGCGUACAUGGCUCUCGCCAUGGUCCUGAUCCAGCAGACCGAAGCGCAGGCCCCGAAGGUGCGCGAGAUUCGUCAACUCUUCAGCAGGGUCGUCAACGACAAGCGCGAGGACCCCCUUGCGCGCUUCGGCGCUUCCCUCGCCCAGGGCAUCAUCGACGCGGGAGGGCGUAAUAUGACAAUCUCGCUCGCGACACGCGCUGGUACACCAGACAUGAAGGCGAUCGUCGGCAUGGUCCUCUUCUGCCAGUUCUGGUACUGGUACCCUUUGGCCCACUUCUUGGGUCUCACCUUCAGCCCAACGGCCGUUAUUGGCGUGGAUGACAAGCUGCGCAUCCCCAAGGUCGACUUCAUUUCAUGGGCAAAGCCGAGCACGUUUGCAUACCCAUCCCAGGCGAAGCCUGAGACCAAGGAAGAGAAGAAGAAGGCGCGGACGGCAGUUCUGUCGACGACGGCCAAGGAGAAGGCGCGUGCUAAGUCGAAGAAGGCUGAGCGAGGCGACGCGAUGGACAUGGACGAGAAGGACGAGCCAUCUACUCCUGAAAAGGAGACCAAGCCUCAGGAGGAGAAGCGCGUGGCGAAUGAGCCAUCCUAUUCCAUUGUCGGGAACAUGACGCGCGUUACCCCCUCUCAGCUCCCGUACAUCACCGGUCCAUACGACCCCAUCCCGUCGUCAUCUUCCAGUGCUGCGAACGGCGCGACAAGUCCUCCCACGGUUUCGACUGAGGCCGCAUCUAUUCCGCCCCCGAAGGGUCGCUACCUUCCGCUCCGCUCUGUGGGCGACAGGGCGGCGUGGGACGACGCUCGCCCGGCCGAUGGCCGCUCGCGCGUGCAAUGGAGCGGCAAAAUCCUGCUUUUGGACGACACGCGCGAGGGUGAUGGUGAUGAGGGCGAGUACAUUGAGCUCGACAAGGCCUUGUGGGAGACUCCAGACGCGACAUCAACACCCGCACCUGCUGCUGAUGUGCCGUCGUCCGCGAACAUGGAGGAUAUGGACUGGGAUGGCGAGAUGCCAGCUGCGUUUGAGUGGGAUUUUGAGGACUAGAAUUCAAUGUAGAGCACAUAUGCAUGGAUGAGCAGAGGAA